GAGGAGGAAGAAGAGGAAGAGGAAGAAGAGGAGGAAGAGGAGGAGGAGGACACGAGCUCCGGGACCGCACCGGACAGGACCGGCCCGCCAUGGUGUGAGACACCGGGGCCAGUGAGGGACCGCAGAGAGAGACAGAGGACCGAGGACAGAGGACAGAGGACCGAGGAGACACGAUGAAGGAGAAAUCGAAGAACGCGGCCCGGACGCGACGGGAGAAGGAGAACAGUGAAUUUUAUGAACUGGCCAAACUGUUGCCGCUUCCCUCCGCCAUCACGUCCCAGCUGGACAAGGCCUCCAUCAUCCGGCUGACGACGAGCUACCUGAAGAUGAGGAUCGUGUUCCCUGAGGGCCUCGGGGAGUCGUGGGGUCACGUGAGUCGAACUCGUUCUCUGGACGGGGUCAGUCAGGAGUUGGGCUCCCACCUCCUACAGACCUUGGACGGCUUCAUCUUCGUGGUCGCGCCGGACGGGAAAAUAAUGUACAUCUCAGAAACGGCCUCGGUCCAUUUGGGCCUGUCGCAGGUAGAGUUGACAGGAAACAGCAUCUACGAGUACAUCCACCCGGCCGACCACGACGAGAUGACGGCCGUCCUCACGGCGCACCAGCCCUACCACUCACACUUCGUCCAAGAAUAUGAGAUGGAGCGCUCCUUCUUCCUGAGAAUGAAAUGUGUCCUCGCCAAAAGAAAUGCCGGUCUCACCUGUGGAGGCUACAAGGUGAUCCACUGCAGUGGCUACCUGAAGAUCCGUCAGUACAGCCUGGACAUGUCCCCGUUCGACGGCUGCUACCAGAACGUGGGGCUGGUGGCGGUGGGUCACUCGCUGCCGCCCAGCGCCGUCACCGAGAUCAAGCUGCACAGCAACAUGUUCAUGUUCCGAGCCAGUCUGGACAUGAAGCUCAUCUUCCUCGACUCGCGGGUCGCAGACCUGACAGGCUACGAGCCUCAGGACCUAAUAGAGAAGACGCUCUAUCAUCACGUCCACAGCUGUGACUCCUUCCACCUGCGCUGUGCUCAUCACUUGUUGCUGGUGAAGGGUCAGGUCACCACUAAGUAUUACCGCUUCCUGGCCAAGCAGGGCGGCUGGGUCUGGGUCCAGAGUUACGCCACCAUCGUGCACAACAGCCGCUCGUCGCGACCUCACUGCAUCGUCAGUGUCAACUACGUCCUCACGGAGACGGAGUACAAAGGCCUCCAGCUGUCUCUGGACCAGGCCACAUCCAAGGCCUCCUUCCCCUACGGCGGCAGCAGCACAGGCAGCCUCGUGGACAGCUGCCGGACGCCCAAGAGCAAAGUGUCCCGCCACAAGACCAAAGCCAGACUGUCGCCGUACACACAGUAUGCCAGUUUCCAGACGGAGCGCUCAGAGUCGGACCAGGACAGUCCGUGGGGCAGCAGCCCCCUCACCGACUCCGCCUCCCCUCAGCUGCUGGAGCAGAGCGAAGGAGGCCCGGACGCCUCCUGCGUGUACCGGCAGUUCGCCGACCCCCGCAUGCUUUGCUACAGUCCGUCUGAGGAGCAGCGCCACGCCCACGUCCACGCCCACGGUCAAGGUCAAGGUCAGCGCUGCGAGAGGGGUCGAUGUGAGGCGGGGCGGUAUUUUCUCGGAGCGCCUCCGCCAGGCAGCAGCGCGUUGUGGGGCGCCGCCCGGUCCAUCCUGCCGCUGAGCAAGAGCUCCCUGGAGAACCACAACGCAUACGACGGCGGCGCGCCGCACAUCGCGGGCGUCCACAGCUACAAUGGCCACGGCCACUGGGACGAGGACAGCGUGGUCAGCUCUCCGGACGCAGGCUCGGCCAGCGACUCGGGCGACCGGUACCGGGCCGACCACUACCACUGCAGCCCGCAGGAACCCAGCAAGAUCCAGACGCUGAUCCGAGCCACGCAGCAGAUGAUCAAGGAGGAAGAGAGUCGAAUUCAUCUGCGCAAGGGCCCGGCGGACCCCCCGCUGGGACCGGCCAACGGGCUGCCCAAGGGCACGGGUCCGUGCUUCACUCCCGAGUUCGCUCAGGGGCCGCUGCAGCCGGUGGUGUGCCGAGGGUUGAGCCAGGCGAUCAGCCCGGCGGACAGCCCCGGCCCCCUGUCCAGACUCAGCAGUCCGAGGUCCGAGCGCCUCCACAAGCCCAAAGACUACCUCCAGACUGACCUGCCCACUCUGUCUCUGCCGCUGCAUCACCCGCUGGGUCGCUCGGGCCCAUGCUCGGCGUCCCCCGCCCUGGCCCCGGCCCUCUACCCCUCCCACGCCCACCCGAGGCCCUACUUGGACAAACACACGGCCUACUCCCUGACAGGCUACGCUCUGGAGCACCUCUAUGACCCGGAGAGUCUCCGGGGAUAUUGCACCUCCGCCGGCACCGGCCCCACCCACUACGACGUGACCCCACACCUCCGCAUGCCGGCAGAGCAGAGCCCCGGACACAAAGGCACCUCUGUCAUCAUCACCAACAGCAGCUAACGCUCAGCUCACACCCGCGGGGAGACUGCACUGCACUGCACUCGCACAGCCGGAGCUUUCAGCCUCUCUCAGCCGCUCUGGAUCCUGUUCGCUUGUUUUUCCAUCGUACCGAUCAAUUUCACUUGUUGCUUCAACCUGGAGCCAAAUUUCCACUGAAACGUUGCUCAGAGUCUGCAAAAAGAAACCGGAGCAUUUUUCUCUAAAUGGAAGAUAUGUGAAUAUACUUUACUUUCCUCAGUGAAUAUUUCCUCACGGUCCGUUAGCUGUCAGUUCCGUGUGGGCGCCUCCCAAAACAUCUCUGGGUUGUUUCCGGCUCCGGGUUCUUUAAAUCGAAAAGAAAAAACUGGUUCCGGACCGACUGCGGACCCGGGUUCCACAGUCAUGUGAUAAAAACUAAUGUUGUGGUCAAAGCUGAUCAGUAUGAUGGAGAACAGGCCUGAGGUAGAAAAGGUUUAACAUCUGUCGCCCGUUUGUUUCCAUCACUUUCACUUUUACUGACAGGAAACUUUUUUGCACUAUGAGAGACGCAGACGUCUCCUUCUUCUUCUUCUUCUUCUUCUUCUUCUUCAAAUGCAUCUGGAUGAGGAGUGAAUACAUCGUAUAUAUCGUUUCAAAGUUCACUGACUAAUAUGCAAAGCCAUUUCUCUAGAUGCGUCUUUUUCCUCCUAACUUUUUGUAAUCUUUCAGGAAAAGAACGUACGUAAAGAAACUCACCGUGUACAUGAUAGAUCGGUUGUGACGGAGAGGACAGGGGCUUACUGGACCUGUUCUCAUUGGCUGACAGGCUUUCUGCUGCUUGGUACAUGAAUCAUCAUCAAUGCAGGGAGAUGACCGGCGAUGUGGGAGUGUUGUACGUUUCCCAUCCUGAUCAUCUCCGAGCGACCAUAUGCAACUUGAGCCGCUGGAAUGUUUGUUGAGGCAGCUUCAUGGCAUUCACAGAUCCCGAGGCCACUGCUCAUCAUUGUUACGUGGGCAUGUUUGUACACCAGGAUUUCAGUUCUUCUCUCAGAUUCUCUCGUGUCCUUAGAUGAACCUAUAUUUAUACAAGUUUUCAGUUUUGUUUUCAGUUUUGUUUUUUGUUCCUCUGUUUUGUCGAUGCCUGAAAUGUGCUGCAUCUCUUUAAAGUUAUUUAUGGUGAACUGUAAAAUAUGCGGAGAAAAGAAAAUGGCACCACAUUUUUAAGCACACGGGCAAGAACUGUAUUUAUUGAGUCAACCUUCUUUCUUUGUGAUUUUGAAAUAAAGCUUCAAUCAAAUCCAGUCCAACUGUUCCAACGUCGACGUUUUUUUAACUGAAU